AUGAAGCGGAAGAGUCCGGGUCAGCUUGCAGUGGCGUUGCUGCUGCGGCUGCUGCCGCAGCUGCUUCUGCCGCUGCUAGUGGGCCUACUGCAGCCGGAGGGCGAUGGGGCAGCUGGAGACUGGAAGAUGGUGUUGGUCUCCGCGGCCUGCGGCACGGUGAUCUCCGCCGCGGUGCCCUCGCCACGGAUCGCCGUGCUGGUCACCUUCAUCGUGACGGUGCUGCUGCUCAGCGUGGCCUACGCGCAGGUGCUGCAGUCCAGCGCGGACUUCUCCCCCGCGGUGCUGCACCUGGCGCAGCACAAGGCGCUCAACGAGCACCGCCAGGUGAUCUCCUCCGGCUCCGGCUCCGGCUCGCGGCGCUCCGCGGCGGAGCAGGUGGCCUCGCUGCGAUGGCGGCCUCGGCCGCCCAAGCUGGAGGCCCCGGUGGACAUGAAGAGUUUCAGCGUGGUCUUGCCUUGUGCUUUCGAGGGCGAGUUUGCAGAGAAAACGGUUUGGGCAAUUUGGGAGAACACCGACAAGACCAUUCUCAAAGAGAUCAUUGUGGUGGAUGACGGCAGCCGACCACCUCUGAAGACGCAAAUGUCGGCCCAGCUGCUGGAGGGUGGCGUUGGGGUGCCAAAGAUGCGCAUCGUGCGCCACGAGCAGACGCUGGGCCUCAUCUCGGCGAAGAAGUCGGGGGGCGACGCCGCGACGGGGGACGUGGUGGUCUUCUUCGACUGCCACGUGAGCCCGCGAAAAGGCUGGGAGCACGCCUUCCUGAAACAGAUGCGGCGGAAGAACGAUCACAGGACCAUCGUGGUGCCGACCAUUACCUCUCUGAACCCCGACACCUGGAAAGAGAUCCCCGGUGGUGGCGGCGGCAAGGUGUGCUUCAUUCUUUGGAAUAACGACUUCACCUGGUUGUACAACCCGGGCCGGGACGCGCCGCUGAUGAGCGGGGGCCUGCUGGCGCUGUCGCGGCGCUGGUGGGAGGAAACGGAAGGCUACGAUACCAAGAUGGUGGCCUGGGGCGGUGAGAACAUCGACCAGUCCCUGCGGAGUUGGCUCUGCGGGGGCCGCAUCGAGGUGGCGGAGGGCGCCUACGUGGCCCACAUGUGGCGGGACCCGAAGAACCCAAAGACGGUUCUACGGUAUCCCAUCCCCACCAAAGACGUGAUGCGGAACAAGGCCCGCGCUGCCAAUGCGUGGUUCGGCGAGUUCGUGGAGAAGGUUAUGACCUUCCCCGAGUACGAGAUGUUCACCAAGCAGGGUGAGAGCAUCGGGGACAUGGGGGAAUUCGAGAAGCUCAAGAAGAAGCUGGGCUGCGCGCCCUUUACCAGCUACCUGGACCGAUUCUCCUACAUCUACUUCGAUGGGGGGCUGAUACCUGACCAAGUCUUUCAGCUCCGGGAGACGAAAUCAGGUCUGUGCAUGGAGGUGAGCCGCAACGAGCGGCAGCCCCACAACGUGGUGCUGGCGCCCUGCGCGGGGCCCCACGACAGUCACCAGAGCUCGGAGCUGCAGCUCUUCCACCGCGGCAAUCGGGACACCUCCAGGCGCGGCAAGCCUUGCUGUAGCGGCAUCAUGCACUGGAACUUCCUUCAGUGCUUAGACGCGCAGAGCCUUGGCAUGCAGGCUCGGACCUUCGAGUGCGAGAUUGGGGGCGCCUCCGGUCAUCAGAAGGUGCAGCUCAGCGAGGAUGGCCAACUUUUGUGGAACUGGCAAGGCUCCUGGUCCGGCGCUGGCGGAUGCUUGGCCCCGCAGGCGAGCAAGGUGGGCAAUGCUGUCGUCAAGCCCCCGGAUGUGUGUAGCGCUGCAGUGGAGCCUCUGGGGGAGAUGCUGUCGCCAGGCGUGCCGAGGACCUUCAUCCUGCGCAGCAGGGAGGAGGGCGGCGGAUGUGCAGCCGCAGGCACCAAGCAGGGGGACGCCGGGGAUGGCGGGGGGCUGGAGCUCCAGUUCCGUCUCUGCGACGACCACGACCCCGCGCAGCGGUUCACGGCCUCCAGAAGGUCUGGGGGCUACGAGAUCAGGGCAGGGGACACGGAAUACUGCCUGGAUUCCGCGGGAGGGCGGCAAGUCUUGGUCUACCCCUGCUACGACGCCAAGCAACACAACGUGAAUCAGAUUUGGACCAUCCGCGCUGCGCGACUGCUCUGGGAAGGACAGGGUGGAGGCCCCAGCGCAUGCAUAGACAGCCAGAAGAUUGUGGAGAAGGUGACGCCGCCUCAAGGCGAAUACCGCCUAGCCACCUGCGCCCUGAAACCGGGGCAGCACCUGAAGCGCGAAGACGUGGAUGCGGGCGGCUCCUUUCUGCUGAAGGACCAGCACGACGGCCGGUGCCUGGCGUCGCUGUCCGGCAACGUGCUGGGCCUCGCAGAGUGCUCCUCGCAGCAGCGGUGGCGCGUCCGCACCAAGGACGGCUGGAGUCAGCUGCAGCAUGAUGCCUCCAAGCAAUGCAUUGACGCUGGUCAGAAGCGCAGGCCGAUCUUGUACCCCUGCCAUCCCCAGGGCAUCAAGCAGCCCCAGAGAUUCAGCGUCGUGGACGGUCCCGGGUGGAUCCAGACGCCUCUGACCUGGGGCGACAACGGCCGGCGCCGCACCUUCGAGACGUGUUUGGACCGGCUGCCGGUGGCGUCGCAGUCGGUGGCAGUGCAGGACUGCGCCAAAACCCGCAGCGCGGGGGUCCAGUGGGAGCGCCACAAUGCCUUUGUGCCGCUGGAGCGUCGGCUUUGGGACGAGGCCGCCAAGCCGCCCCCUGGCACCCCAGUGCUGGGGGGCGACAUGGCGCCGCCCUGA